GAUUUUAGCAUAAGAAUGGGAAAAUUAAUUGUUUUGUUUCUUCAAGUAGGUUCAGAGACGGAUCCUGUGCCCACAGGAAACAUUACGGAAAAACCAGUAGUCAGCAACUUAAACGAGAGUACCACACAUGCGCCCAAACAAGCGAAUCAUUCUUUAGUUAGCGGCAGACUAUCUCAUUUAAAGGACGUAAUCAGCCCAAGAGCAGUUUUUUCUAUUUUUGGUCUUGGCGCGGAUAAAGCUACUAGAUUAAUGAAUGGUGUUGAAAAUUUCCUUAACGCAAGGUCCAAUAUUGACGAAGUCGACAAUGUCAUAACAAUGUUCAACAAGCUGUUCCUCUCGAAAGGAUCGAAUGCCGUAAACAAUUAUUACACACUAUUCGCAAAUUUCUGGGUUAACUUCGACGCUAUCGCACAAUUCGUACGUGGAAUCGAAAAUCGAAUUAUCGUAAGGAGAGCUGAAAUCCAAGCUGAAAUAGCCGAGGAAGAGGCUAAUGCAAUUGUGGAGGAGACGUUGUUGUCUCUCACAGCUGCCAACGCUCAGCUUGAAGAUUUCAGAAACAAUUUGGAAAAUUUGAUCCAGCGUCGGGGCAUAGCAAGAAUAGGGGCAGCCGCAUCACAAAAGAAAGAUGUCCAAGAAGGAACACAAAGGGAACCGUUUUCUUCGCACGAUGUAGUGGACCAAAACAGCGAUACAAUACAUGAUGAAGAGGAAGAUGGACUAGACACAACACAAGAAAUGAAUUCCUUAGCGGAAGGAAUGCCACCCAACGAUGAGGCGGUCAACGAACAGGCAUUUGUCAAUCAAUAUGUGGACGAUGAAGUUAACGACAUUGAUCCAUCUUCGGACAAGGAAGAGUAACUUCAACUAAAUCACC